AUGAUCAGAGGGAGGCCAGAUGAUCUGCACAGCACACACACCACUGUUUCUCGUCUGCAAAGGCAGCAUCGGAGUGUUCUCCCCAGCCCCGCGCCACCCGGCUUGCCUGAUCGUUUCCGGAUGUUUCGCAGCUGCGAGUGGGAAGUCCUGGAGCGAUCCCUCAAUAUCCUCCAGGCCAGUGACUUCUACUGGGGCCCCUUGUCCGUGGGGGAGGCUCACGCCAAGCUCCAGCGGGAGCCUGUAGGCACCUACUUGGUGCGGGACAGCUCGCAGGGGAACUGCUUGUUCAGCCUGAGCGUGCGGAUGCCCACGGGGCCCGUCAGCCUUCGAAUCUCUUUCCAGGAGGGCUAUUUCCGCCUCAAGAACUGGUUUUCAGACUGCGUGGUCCGGCUGCUGGAGCUGGUGGUGGCGGGGACCCGGAACAACCCCUUACACUUUGAUGAGAUGGGGGGAACUCCCCUGGUCUUCUCUGAGCCCUUGUGCCGGAGCCGCCGGGCAGUGCCCACGCUGCGGGAAUUGUGCUGCCGGAGCCUUCCUGCUGGUGCCGUGACAGAGGACAGAGCAGGGAUGGGGGGCUCCUUGGGAACGUGUCUGAGGGGAGAGGUGUUCUCACCCCUGGACAGAAGGGGAGGGUCAGAGGGGAGCGUUGGCCCCAGCCCCUCUCUGUCCUGGGCUGGGAGAUGA